AUGCUUAUAGCUCUCAUAUUCAUUGCCCUAGUGGUGGGUCACACCACGACCGGCGCAGAGGACGCAUCCAGCAGAAACGCAGAAGAUGGGAAGUCUGUAGAUGACGAGGGUCCCGAUAUGGAGAACAUCUGCACUUGUGACUACCCAGAAACAACAGAAGAGCUUGCAGCUCCCAGUGGCACAAGCAUUCGCAUUGGCAUACCGCCAGGAAGAGAAACCCCACGAGCUGAGAAUGGCCCUCCCGGUCGCCCUGGACCUGCUGGCCCUCCCGGACCCUCUGGACCUGAUGGCCCUCCCGGACUCCCUGGCCCUCCCGGACCCGCUGGACACCCUGGCCCUCCCGGACCCGCUGGACACCCUGGCCCUCCCGGACCCGCUGGACACCCUGGCCCUCCCGGACCCGCCGGACACCCUGGCCCUCCCGGACCCGCUGGAUACCCUGGCCCUCCCGGACCCUGUUGUACUCCGGAACUCAUUCGCUCCAUCGAAGUUGAAGCUCCCCCUGUACAGGUUGUCCCUCCGAGCAUACCUCAGGCACCAAUGUGCCCAUAUGGCUAUCAAUUUAACUUCAAUACCGGGACCUGUAACGCAGUGGGUAACUCCAACGGGUUUCUUAAUUUUUACAAAUCCUGGUAUCUCAAACCUUUCAAAAAAUUCUAUAGCUUUUGA